AUGCCUGCUACCCAGUCUACAUGGCGCUCAGUCAUCCAGGUGGCCUCAGGGGUGAAAGCAAACCUGUACAGGUUGUUAUGGAAUACUGCCUUCUCACUUACUUCCUCCUACUUUCAUAUGGGGGAAGAGAUGACCGACUCAUCUUCCACACAGACAAUGUCACCAUUUGGGGAAACUUUAAGCUUCUUCAGACAGCAAGAGCUGCGAAGGGAGAAGUGGGAAAGAAACCGCUUGAGAACCAGAGCAACCUCCCGGCGCUCUGUCAGCAAAGAACGAUGGGUGGAGACUCUGGUGGUUGCUGACAGCAAGAUGAUUGAAUAUCACGGAAGUGAGAAUGUGGAAUCAUAUAUUCUCACUAUCAUAAACAUGGUGUCAGGCUUGUUCCAUGAUCCGAGCAUUGGUAAUGCAAUCCAUAUUGUGCUGGUUCGCCUUAUUCUCCUUGAGGAAGAGGAGCGAGGACUGAAAAUAGUUCACCAUGCAGAUAAGACACUAGCCAGCUUCUGUAAAUGGCAGAAGAGCAUCAACCCCAAAAGUGACGCCAACGCGCUCCAUCAUGAUGUGGCUGUUCUCCUAACCAGAAAAGACAUUUGUGCUGGCAUGAACCGUCCAUGUGAAACCUUAGGCUUGUCGCAUCUCUCUGGAAUGUGUCAACCUCACCGGAGCUGCAAUAUCAACGAAGACUCCGGCUUACCUUUGGCAUUCACAAUUGCCCAUGAACUUGGACACAGUUUUGGCAUCCAGCAUGACGGAAAGGAGAAUGACUGUGAGUCCGUGGGAAGACACCCGUACAUCAUGUCCCGGCAGCUACAGUAUGACCCCUCUCCGCUCACUUGGUCACGAUGCAGCAGGGAAUACAUCACACGGUUCCUCGACCGAGGAUGGGGCUUCUGCCUGGACGAUGUCCCCAAGAAGAAAGACCUAAAGCCGCCGUUCAUUGCGCCUGGUGUGAUCUAUGACGUGCACCACCAGUGCCAGUUGCAGUACGGACCCAAUGCGACGUUCUGUGAUCAAGUAGAUAAUAUUUGCCAGACACUUUGGUGUGCUGUGAAAGGCUCUUGCAGGUCAAAAUUGGAUGCUGCAGCAGAUGGAACAAGGUGUGGAGAAAAUAAGUGGUGCUUAUCGGGCGAGUGCAUAACCGUAGGCAAGAGCCCUGAGCCAGUGAACGGUGCCUGGGGAUCGUGGUCAGCGUGGUCGCACUGCACACGGACAUGCGGGGCCGGCAUUCAGACUGCAGAGAGGCAAUGCAACAAUCCAGAACCACAGUUUGGAGGGAAGUAUUGCACAGGAGAGAGGAAACGCUACCACAUGUGUAACAUCAAAACAUGCCCCAAGUCUGUGCCAAACUUCCGUCAAAUGCAAUGCAGCGAGUUUGAUACAGUCGCCUACAAAAAUGAAUUCUAUCAGUGGAUUCCAAUUUAUAACACAGAUAAUCCUUGUGAACUACACUGCCGUCCUGCAAAUUACCACUUCUCAGAGAAAAUGCUGGAUGCUGUUAUCGAUGGUACGCCUUGCUUUGAAGGAAACAACAGCAGAGACGUCUGUGUUAAUGGCAUGUGUCAGAGUGUUGGCUGUGAUUACGAGAUAAAUUCCAACUCGACCGAAGAUCGAUGUGGCGUUUGCCUGGGAGACGGGACUUCAUGCCAGACAGUGAUGAUAACAUUCAAUCAAAGCGAAGGACUAGGAUAUGUCGAUAUCGGCCUAAUCCCAAAAGGCGCAAGAAACAUCAGAGUGGUAGAAGUGGAAGAGGCAGGAAAUUUCCUUGCGUUGAGAAGCAAGGACCCAGAAAAGUAUUAUCUGAAUGGAGGGUUCAUUAUCCAGUGGAACGGAGACUACAAAGUGGCAGGAACAACAUUUCAGUAUGACCGGAAAGGAGACCUGGAAAACCUCACCGCAACUGGACCCACGAAUGAAUCGUUGUGGCUGCAGCUCCUUUUUCAGGAGAAUAACCCUGGAAUAAAAUACGAAUACACUGUCGGUAAAGACUGGAACUCUGAGAAUGAAGUGGAGGAGCCAGAAUAUUUUUGGCAAUACAGCAGCUGGACAGGUUGCAGUGUUACGUGUGGGAAGGGCUUCCAACGACAGAUUGUCCGCUGUGUGAAAAAGGGGAAAGGUGUGGUGAAAAGCUUAUUUUGUGAUCCAGACACUCAACCCAAUGGAAGGCAAAAGAAAUGCAUUGAAGAGGACUGUCCCCCAAGGUGGUGGGCCGGGGAAUGGCAGAAGUGCUCAACCGACUGCGGCCCAACGGGAGAGAAGAAGCGAACGGUCCUGUGCAUUCAGACCAUGGGGCUUGAUGAGCAGGCGUUGCCUGCAGAGGAUUGCCAUCAUCUGCUAAAGCCCAAGACCCACCUUUCGUGCAACAGAGACAUCCUGUGCCCGUCCGACUGGACAGUAAGCAACUGGACUGAGUGUACAGUUACCUGUGGUGGAGGGAUACGUACCCGUAACGUGACAUGUACCAAAAACAAUGGGGAGCCAUGUAACAUUUCAAAGAAACCACAUUCUAAAGCUCUGUGUGGGCUCCAGCAAUGUCCAUCCAUCAGAAGACUGCAGUUCCCCCAUUUCAGAGUGCAUGGUGGAAAGAUAAUCAGGACAGGAGCUAACCCCAGAAGUGGCCCCAUGGACAAGCCCCCCAACCCAAAACCCAGCCCAAGAAUCAUGACACCAACAGUUCCCAAUCCCAAAUAUGUUACUUUGAUGCCCACGUCCUUUAACCUAAUGAACUUUUCUCAAGAAGAAGACUCGGAAGCAAAAAUUUUGCAGAGAGGCAGGUCUUCAAACAGAAUAGAACAGAAACCAUCUGCCAAUGACGAAACCUCUAUGGGAAUGUUGCCGAAUGCCUCCAACUAUCUGGAAGAGUCCAGGGAUUUGCAUACUGAUGCGUAUUGGAUGGUGGGGAACUGGAGUGACUGUUCCACCACAUGUGGCGUGGGGGCUUUUUGGAGAGCCGUGGAGUGCAGCACCAAGAACGAAUCCGACUGCCGGCACAUUAAGAAACCCGAUCCGGCCCGAAGGUGCUAUCUCCCUCCCUGUGCCCAGUGGAAAGCCGGAGAAUGGAGCAAAUGCUCUUCUAAUUGCAGCGGUGGCUUCAAGACCCGUGCAGCCUACUGCAUAGACAUUCGUGACAACAGAGUGCUGAGGCCCUUCCAUUGCCAGUUAAAAGGACGCAAGCCGCAACUGAACGUUAGCUGCAAUACAGAGCCCUGUUUGGAAUGGCGUGCAGAAGCAUGGGACGAGUGCUCUGCUUCGUGUGGAGGAGGCGUUCAGCAAAGAGCAGUGCAGUGCAUCAGUGUGGAAGACAACGCACCUAAGGACAAGAGCGUGUGUGAACAUCACUCCAAACCUCCAGGCUCUCGGAUGUGCAACCUACAAGAGUGCUUGGAAACGACAAGUGGGUUUGACUCCAUGGCACCCCUGCUGUCUUUUUUUCAGAAUCCAGUAUAG